ACGACAAGAUUACGUCAGCCGGCAAUUAAGUUCAUCAAUUUCAUAUUAAAUUUUUUAAAUAAAAAUAAUAUCAUUGGCUGAUACGAAAACGUCGACAUUUAAUUAACCAAUGAAAUUAAACAUAAGAAAAAAUGAUUUGUUUUACUUUUUCCUUAGUACGUACUGUGUGUCGGAGAGUAGCAUCUAGUACAGCUGAUUACUCCAACGCCGGUAAAUUAAUCUUAUCAUAAAAAAAGUGGCAGAUGGUAAGGUGAAAUAUUAUAAAAAAUCUAUUUAUUCUAAGAUAAUAUAAAAAGUGUGAUGUACGGUAAAUUUAGCAAUGAAUUUGUAUCUCUUCCUAUUUAUCGUUCAAUUGUACCCUAUUUUGGGUCUGCAUUUAAAUGGAAAUUUUCAUACCGAUCAGUUCUUUCGAUUUUUGGCUAAGUUCGGUUUUCAAAAGACAGACAUACACGACAGAAUAAAUACACUGGGCUUUAUAUACGGAAAUAUUACAACCGAAAUACAGAAUGCCAGCAAUAUACAUAAAGCAACUUUUGUGGUUGUGGAUAGAGAAUAUUUCCUGGAGUUUUACCAAAAGAGAAAUUUGCCCAAUAAAUCUAUUGCCUGUCGAGAUAUGUUUCGCAAGAUAGACACCAUUGCCUAUGAUAGUUAUUGUAACGAAGACGGCACCCAAGAUUUUCUGCGGAAAGUACCUUGCCCGACUAAUAAACUGUGCGACGACGAGGAUACGCCCGAAAGAGUUGUUUCCGGAUAUCAGUUUACUUAUGCCGUGCAGGAUAAUAAUCAGGCGAGAUUCUGGUAUGUUACAUUGGUUUCUUGUUAUCGUGAAGGAGAAGGUCGCAACUGUACUUGGAAAGAUUCCACAAAUGAAAAUAUUAAUAUAAAUUAUGAUCUUUGGUUAGUCAAUGGAAAUCCAUAUGGUUCUCAAUAUCCUUUUGAAUUUCAGUUUUCAUUUGAUCAACAAGGCACAGUUGAACUGUAUUUAGGUUUCUUUUCUGUGUAUUUGGUUUUGGUUCCACUUCAGUUGUAUGCAGCUUUGCAUCAGCAUCAUCAUAUUACACGUUUAUUUACUAUCUCUGUUGUACUACAACUACUAUCUGUAUCUUGUAAUUUUAUACAUAAAGUUAAAUUUGCUGUAGAUGGCAUUGGAGUAGAAGGUUUGGCUGUUGUUGGUGAUGUAUUGCAUCUAUUAACUCAAAGUUUAUUCAUGCUUUUAUUGCUUCUGUUGGCAAAAGGAUGGGCUAUUACUCGUACUGAACUUACUUGGAAGCCUGUUUUGUUCUUCAUAUGGCUGUUAUAUACAUGCAUUGGAGUUUUACUAUAUGUGUGGAAUAUGACUGAAGUUGAUGUAAUAGAUGAUAUAGAUGAAUAUCAAACAUUUCCUGGAUGGAUCACACUCAUUGUCAGGCUUAUUAUAAUGAUUUGGUUUUUAUAUGAAUUACGAUCUACUAUGUUGGAUGAAAAUGAUAGAGCUAAACUGCGAUUUUAUGUACAUUUUGGAGCAGGAAUUUUGGUAUGGUUUAUAUAUUUGCCUGUUGUUGCCUUGAUUGCCCUUCAGAUAUCUGCUCUUUGGAGACAGAAACUUUUACUAGGUAUAACAUCAAGUGUAGAUUUUCUUGCAUUUGCAAUUAUGACACACUUAUUGUGGCCUACAAGAAGUGAGCAGUAUUUUCAGUUAGCUUCAGAAUCAGAUCCUGGAGAAGAGCUUGAAGAGUUUAAUGAAGCACCGCACAAUGUACAAAGAUGUCAGAAAGUAUGAAACCUGAUUAAUUUGACAAAGCAAUCAUUUAAGGAAAAUUUGGAUAUAAUAAUUGGAAGUAAAUUUAUAACAUGUGAAAUGGUUGUAAAGUAAUUAUAUCAUAGCAUUAAUAAUAAUUGUUGUACUUGAUGCAAUGACAUUUGAAUAUAUUUGCAUUUAGCACAUUUUAUAAUUCAAAAAACAAUAUUUUCAAAUAUAUAAUUAGUAUUUUUUUUUAAUACAAAGUAAGAAAUCUAUUUAGUUUUAUUUUCACAUUGUAAAUUUAGAUGUAUUUGAAUUGCUUGUCAUUUGAAUGUAUUACCUGUCUGUUUUUGAUUGAUAAAACUUUCGUAUAACUUUAUAAGUUGAGUAAUUAUGUAGAAUUCAAUUGAAUUAUGUACUUAAAAAUAUAUGUCUAAUUUUAUAAGUUAGAUGUAUUUUUUAUGCACCUACAAGGUCUGUUCAAAAAAUACGCAGACUGACGUCAUAAAACAAAAUGUACUUUAUGUAGAAGUUACAUGUCUGGGUCCCCUUCAAAGUACUCUCCUUCCCAAUGCACAUACUUAUCCCAACGGUGUUUCCACUUGUUCAAACAGUCCUGAUAUGCUUCUUUUGUAAUGUCUUUCAGCACCUUCGUCGCAUUUACCUUAAUCUCGGGAAUCGUCUCAAAUCUUCCUUUCAAGGGUCUUUUGAUUUUGGGGAACAAGAAAAAGUCACGAGGAGCAAGGUCAGGUGAGUAGGAGGGGUGGGGAAGAACAGUGAUCAAGUGUUUGGCCAAAAACUCUUGAGUUCUGAGGGCUGGAGCAUUGUUGUGAUGGAGAAACCAGUCGCCACUCCUCCACAUUUCUGGCCUUUUGCGGCGGAUGAUGUCCCUCAGACGUUUCAGAACUUCAAUGUAGUAAGUCUGGUUCACUGUGGAGCCUUGGGGGAGGUACUCGUGUUGAACAACACCCUUAGCAUCAAAGAAAACUAUCAGCAUCACCUUGACAUUAGAUCAAACUUGGUGAGCUUUUUUGGGUUUGGGGACCACUUGAAACAUACCGUAAGCUUCAUAGCAACAUCACCGUAAGCCGUGUUGAGCAUAGCAAAUGUUUCAGUUGCAGGUUUUCCAAGUUUAACACAAAAUUUCACAGUAAGUCGUUGCUCCAUCAGGUCAUUCAUUCUGAAAUCCGACAAACGAAAAAUUCGCACUUCACUAAAAACUGCGUAACUAAUCAACAAAUAAAGAUAUCUGUAAUCAAGAAACGGCUUUAUCACCAGGCGAUCUGUACAAACCUAGCGACACCAAGCAGAUUUCCCUGGAAUCAACUGGAGCCACGCAAUUCAAACAGUCUGUGUAUUUUUUUAACAGACCUUGUAUUUGUUCUAGUCUCUCUAAGUAAUUUAAAGAAAAUGUCUAUCAAAUUUUGCCAUUUUUUAUCAGUAUUAAUAUUUCAUUUUGUAGUGGAUAAUCAUUGAUGUUGAUGGAAUUUGAUAUUUCAUGCACAUGAUUAUUAUGCAUUGAGAGUAUAAAAAUAUUAAGAUAACAAUUUAAAGUUUUGUUAAAUAUGUAAUUUAAAGUUUUUAAACUUGCAGUUUUAGUAUGAUGCAAACCUUUUAACUGCAAGAGAGAUGAAAGUAAUGCAUACAUUUUGUAAAGUUGUAUAGUUUGUAAUAUGCAUUAUUUGAAAAAUUUAAAUCAUUGCAUUUUCCGUCAUAACCUAUUUAUAUUAUGUAUCAUGUCUGUGAUAAGAUAGUUUUGAACUUAAAAAAAAUUUUCAAAAAUUGUUUUAAAUAGCUUAUGAUUAGUAACUGUGAUGGCAAAGGAAAUUGGUUAAACAAAUCCUGGUCAAAAUUAAACAAACUGUUUUCUGUUAUAGCUAUUUCUCAUUCAAGAUGAUGCUAAUUUCACUUUUGAGAUAAAGCAUUCAAGCAAGAAAAAGACCAAGAUGUCUUCUCAUACUGCUACCUUUUGAAUGAUUAGAAACGAUAGAAUGCAGUUUUUAUGGGAGUGAUUGGGGAUUUCCAUAAAAAAUGCUAUUUCAAUUGCCAGAGUAUUUGAUUCACAUGAAUUUUUCAAUAAAAAUAUGGUAAUAUCAUAAAUAAAAAUUAAAAGUAUUUUAUUUCUUGUAUUCCAAUUUUAUUGUACAUAUUAUUAUUGUAUAAAAUUAAAAAAUUUAACUUUACUAAGUUCAUUAUAUUUUUUUUACCCUGUAUGUUAGUAUCAAUAAAUAUGUAUGAUUAAAAUUCCUUGUCUUAAUAAAUAUUAUAAAUUAUUUCAGCUAAAUAUUUCAUA